GCACCAGGCGCGGCAUUGGCCAGGAGGAUGUCGCUUGUAUCUGCGACUGAGAUCUUGCGCGUUUUCCUGUCGCCCGGGCAGACCCGUUCACCUCCCGCUUGCUGCUCUGAGCAGAGAACAGGGUGUGUUUUGGAGAGGGGUACAGUGAGAGGGUGAGCCACCCUGUUAGCUGGAUGGUUUAACACCCGACGCUGGCAGUGUAGCAGAGGACAGAGAGGAACAUGGCAGAAACACUGGGCAGCAACCCUGCACAAACCAAAGGGGCCACACAAACGCGACACAGGAAGGUGUUUAAGAAGUCAAGCCCGAAUUGCAAGUUAACAGUCUACCUGGGGAAACGGGACUUUGUUGACCAUCUUGAUCAUGUGGAUCCUGUUGAUGGAGUGGUGUUGGUGGAUCCCGAGUAUCUCAAAGAUAGACGAGUGUUUGUCACUCUGACCUGUGCAUUCCGUUAUGGACGAGAAGACCUCGAUGUGCUGGGCCUAUCCUUCAGGAAGGACCUCUUCAUUGCGACAUUCCAGGCUUUCCCCCCACUGCCAGAGGAAAAGAAACCCCUGACCAGACUCCAGGAGAGACUCAUUAAGAAACUCGGAGAGAAUGCCUUUCCUUUCUUCUUCAUGCUCCCCCAGAAUCUGCCGUGUUCAGUGACCCUGCAGCCAGGCCCUGAAGACACAGGCAAGGCCUGUGGUGUGGACUUUGAAAUCCGUGCGUUCUGUGCUAAGGCGAUGGAAGAGAAGAUACACAAGAGGAACUCCGUCCGCCUGGUCAUCCGGAAAGUACAGUACGCUCCGGAGAAACCAGGGCCGCAGCCAAUGGCGGAGACCACGAGGAAUUUCUUGAUGUCAGACAGAUCCCUCCACCUCGAAGCCUCGUUAGAUAAAGAGGUCAGUACAACAGUGGGAGAGGGGGAAGGGUGA